CACGAACCCUGCAGUGUCCUCAACUGGCCUCACCUACCCACGAUCCCAAGAGUGCACCGGGAAGAUUACUUCAUCAUAAGGAAAAUGAGUCAUUCCUCAAAUGCAGCAGACACCCGUAUUCCAAAAUCAGAUAAUCAACAGCCAAGAAAAGGCCACAAAGCACAUUUUCUAAAUGUUGCAAAGGCAAAACGACUAGAAAUUUCAGCUCGGAAAAUACAGAAAUCUUGGUUCACUUAUAUGGACAAAGUAAUAUUUCAACUCCUAAAACAUACAGUUUGUGCAGCGGAACAUUAUGUGACAUAUGAAAUUCUGAAGAAAGUGAGCCCCUUAGAGGCUGAACUUAUUAAAGAUCCUAGCAUGAAGUGUAAAGUCAGAUUCAGAUUUAGUGGUGAAAGGUUUCCACCUUUUAUCGUUUUUAAAAUUUUUCUGCAUACUGAAGGUCGUGGUUACAAGUAUUUCAGUGGAAAAAAUUUAUUACAGCCAUCAAAUGAGGCAAUGGUUGAUGCUUGCAAGAUAAUGGGGAAAAAGAAAUUUUAUCAACAAAUUAUGGAAGAUGAACAUAUUUUCCAGAAGUUCAAAGUAACUGAUCAUGUAGAUAUUGUGACCAUGCAAGAUUACAUGCAGUAUUCCAGUCUCCUGGAUGAGACCCCUGCGUCAUCUGGUGGCAGGAAUAACCACUGGCGAAGAUUAAACCUCGAAAACAUUCCCAGGACAAUGAUGAUAUAUGACAUAGUUGAUUAUGCAGAGUCUGGAGUAAUCUCAAACCGUUUACAAAAAGAAAUGAAGUAUCUGUUACAGAGACCACGGACAGAAGAGAUGCGUCAGCACCAGCUAAAGAUUGUUUCUCAAGUUAGGUGUCCAUCCUUUGCAAUUAUGCAGCCUUUAUUACAGCCCUACCAGCAGCAAAGUGAAAUGAAACCUCUAGGUCGUCGAUCCAAGCAAGCUCGAAUGAAAGUUGAAAAAAUGAGAAAAGCUUAUAAGAUGGCUAAAAACAUGAAUGCUUCUGAGGUGACCGAACUGCAAAAGAAUGCAGCAAGUGCAAAGAAACAAGAGACAAUCAUCAUCUCUACCCCUUCUUUUGACAUUGUGAAAGUUAAUGAAUCUACAUCAGAUAGUGAAUUGGAAAAAGAAGAAAAGGAAUUAUUUGCCUGGUAUCAAGACUUGCAUAUUGAUUAUUCUCCCUCAUGUUGAUACACAGCUAAUUGACAGAAAACCAAAGUAGUUUAACAAUCUGCUUGUCUGUCUGUAAAUAAAGGACAAUCAAAUAGAAACAGGUCCUGGGUCUGCUGUGUUAACCAAAUGUGUGACAUAUUUGUAAGCCUUUUGUAUUAACAUGGGUGCAAUUAUUUUUUACUGACAGGAUUUUAAUUUAAAUAAAUUAUUUCUACUAAAAGCCUUCAAACUAGCAGAAUACAGUUUUAUUCAAGAAAUGAUAAGUUAAAUUAAUCCCUGGGACUUUUAUCCAAUUUUGAUUUUUUUCAUUUUAAAAAAUAUCUGAACAGGCCAUGCUUAGCAUAAAUAUUAGAAUUCACAAGAUAAAAGAAUGUUCUUGAGUCAGCCUACAAUGUCUUUUUUUAGUUACAUGUUGUUUUUACAGAACAGCUUAUGAAUGACCUAUUCUGAAUUAUAAUAAAAAUAAUAAUGGAUUUGUUGCUACAGUAGGCAUGACGUAGCAUACCUAAUCGUUAUUGAGCAUUAUAAGAACCUGGGACAGAAUGUUGCAUCUGCUCUAAUAUUGUACCUUGGAUAUCUUUCAAGUAUAAAGACUAGAGUAAUAUUUAUCAAUUUCAUUUUGAAUUGAUAAAUUCACAGUCCUGAUACAGUGCAAAUUAUUAAUUUCUUCUGUGAUCCAGGCUACUGGAAUAUAUCAAACCUUACUGGAGAUUGUGAUAAUUUUUAAAAGUGCAGUUAUUUAUUGAAUUUUAAAAAUAAAAUUUUUAAAUUUUGUUUAACAUUUAAAAUACUUGAUUGCUGAUCUAACUCAGACAUAGUAAUCUACAAAAGGAUCUUAUCUUCUGCUAAAGUAUUCUCUUUAAUGGCAAAGAAUAUUGGAGAAAAUGUGUAUGAUUCCCACUAGAAUAUAUUUAACAUAAACAUGCACUCUUUGUUACUAAUACAUCUUCAUUUGAUAUCCAAAAAAAGAGGGAAGUUGGGCUUGGUGGUGCACACUUUGUGACUAGGAAAGUAGAGGCAAGAGGAUAGCAAGAUUGAGGCCAGCCUGGGCAAUUUAAUGAGACCUUGUCUCAAAAUAAAAAGGGCUGGGGUGUGGCUUAGUAGUAGAGCACCCCUGGGUUCAGUCCCUAGUACCACAAACACACAUAGACACACAUAUUUGAUAAUCCCCUUGUCUUCGGCUUGUACUGGACACUGGUUGAAUAGAAAAACACCUAUUUGUCCUCAUGAGUCAUGCAUCUUUUUAUUAAUUUGCAAAGCAGUUCCUUAUCCAGUCAAAUGCCUGUCAGAUUCAAUCCACUCAUAUUCCAUGUAAUAAGUAACAAAGCUAAGGGAGAUUUCAGGUAGUAAGAUGAGGAAAAGGACAAAGGAAGGGCACACUCUGUAUCUCAUGGUACCCACCUCUCAUAUUUCAUUAACUGUAACUUCUUCCUCAUGAUAUCCCACAUAAACAAUAUAACCACGUGACUGAAAAUCCUUUGAAAAGCAAAAUUGCAUAUAAUCCCAACAAUAUAAUACAAAAAUAUUUUCAUUUGAUUAUACCUUUUUAAUCUGUCUAAAUGCCCAUAUAUUUUUCACAUGACUAUAAUCAUAGGUAACAGAUUUAAGUUUUUCACUUAAUAUUAUAUCUUAAACAUAAUGCACUUAAAAAUAAGUUUUAAGGGGGCUGGGAUUGUGGCUCAGCGGUAGAGCACUCACCUAGCAUGUGUGGGGCCCUGGGUUCGAUCCUAAGCACCACAUAAAAGUAAGUGAAUGGAAUAAAGGUAUUGUGUUCAACUACAACUAAAAAAAUAUAAAUAUUGAAAAAAAAAAUAAGUUUUAAGGGUUACCUGGGAGCCCAAUGGGUUGAUAAAGCAAAAUUUACUUAGCCAUACCCAUUUCAUUGGAUAUUUCAGUUUCUAAUUCUUUACUACUGUAGGUAAUUAAUAAUAGGAUAUUUUCAGUCUUCUUUCUUUUGGUUAUCUUUCUGUUAUUUAUAUUUUAAAAUUUAUUUUUCUGUCAUUUAUUUUUAACCUAAUUGCACUGUAAUCAGAGAACAUGAUUUGUAUGUUAUUCUGGGAAACUCGUUGAGACUUGCUUUAUAGCCAAGUACAUGAUUAGUUUUCAUAAAUGUUUCCUGUAUUCCUAAGAAAAAUGUAUGUUGUCUAUGUUGGAUACAAAGUUCUGUAUUUGUCCUUUUGAUCAAGCUGGUUAAUUGUAUUAUUUUCUAUAUAGUAUGCUAUCUGAAUAUACACACACGUAAUGUUUUGUUAUAUACUCCUAAUUCUUGGUCUGUGUGACACCAAUUACUGAGAAAAUUGUACGUUAUGUAUAUCCUACCACAAUGGGUAGACUUGUCAGUUUUGCCUCAUAAUUCUGUGCUAUAGUUUUGACCUUUGGUGUCCCCCAAAAGUCCAUGUGAGAAAGAUUUCAUCCUCGGCUGUUGGGAGGUGGUAGAACCUUUAACAGGCGGGGCCUAGUGGGAGGUCUUCAGGUCAUGGGGGGACAUGCCCUUGAAUAAGAUAAUGGGACCCCAGCCCUUUCUUUUUCCUUUAUGUUUUCCUUCCUGAACACAAGGUGAUCCAUUUUACUCUGACACUAGUCGUCACCACGAUGUGCUGCCAAAGGCCCAAAACAAUAGAACUAAUUCAUUAUGUUCAGAAACCUCCAAAACAGUGAGCCAAAAGUAAACUUUUCUCUUCAUAAGUUGAUGAUUCUCAGGUAUUUGUUAUAGUGAUAGAAAACUGACACUUUUUUGUCAAUUUCGCUUUGUUAUUUGAAGACAAUAUUAGGCACAUAUAUAAUUUCAGAAUUAA